GCAGAAUUGUCUGCUCGUGUUUUAUGUACAUUUUCGUUGCGACAUCGUUUUCUUUGGCUGGAACGGGGAGGCUCUUUGUCAGCACUUGCACCAAGAAAAUUAAAUUGCCACUGCUUUGAUGACCUCUGUUGAGGCGGUACUAGAGCCAGCGGCGGAUGAUCAUGAACCGCCAGGAGAACGUGGGUUCUUGAAGAUGUAGAAGUAUGCCCAUGAAGAUGUAGCGUCGACGGGCUCGGCUCUAGCUCCCCUACACAAGGACCACGACCAGUAUGGCGCCGAAGCCAAAGAAGAAAGCCGGCGGGGAGCCGGAGGUGGAGCUACCAAAAGAGCUCACGUUUGCGGAGGAGUUUGCUGCGCUGCCAGACAUUCCCCAAGUGGCUUUUUCAGUGACGUUCACCGCCCGAUGUCAUCCCAACAUGCUGGAAAAGGUAUUAGGAGGCAAGUAGAAUGAUGUUGAUGUUGACUCUGCUAAUGUUGUAAAAAUGAACUUGCGUCGUGCUGCACGGUUUGAGCAGAAAGUGAAAUAUCAUGCUGCGUCUUGAUAAUAACAUCGAUCGACACUGCAUGGAGUAGAUUAUCGAACAACACAGGUACGUAUCGCCUUCAAUUGGCUGGAUGCGGAUCUGCAGGGCUGCAGCACCCCGGCCGAUGGGAUGCCGGCAAAUCUUUCCGCGUGGGAGCGCAACGAGAAGGCCUCAACGUCGUCAGAGACGCAGGUCAGUUUCACGAAAACGUUUCCGCCAGCCACGGUGACCCUUGAAUUGCUCAUGUUGCUGCGAAACUGCGUGAUGCAAGCCAGCAUAUUUUGCCGCGACCUCGACUGCGGAAGCACGAACAUAUCUCUGUCACCCCUGCUGCUGGCGACUCCCGAGGAGUGUGACUGGCCAAUCAAGUUUCCAACAAAAGUACUAUAAUGCUGUCGUGAUGUGCUGCGUUGUCGUGAUAGUAAUCUUGUUCAGUGGCAGACCCUACUAGCGUUUGCAGCCUCUCUGCUGCGCAACAUUAUCGAAUGUCGAUGAUCAUACAUGAGUUAUGGUUCGAAAAUGACGCGUUUCCGUUUACCACAGAAAGUCAAACACUACUAAAACAGGUUUUCAGCACCCGACGCGACAACCUGAAGGUCCCAGGUCUGUUUUCGCUGGAGACGUGCGUGAGUACGGACCGCAGUUUGCUUACGGACGCGAUGGCCCAGCUCCUGAUUCCCGUCUUUGUGGAGGUGAAGGCCGUGAAGGAUAUGCCAAACGAGCCCUGGCUGCCCAACAAGUCUCCGGGGGUCUACGCCACCGUGUUUGGCAAGCUCGGCCCCGCGUACCUGCGGGACGCCUUGGGCGAGGACGUGGGCGCGAAACUGCGAACCCCGUUCGGCACCGAAGAGUUCAUGCCCCACAGCAACCGGAUUCCGCUAGACGCGAAACUCGUUUUUUUUCUCGGCACCGCCAAGCACAACCUGCACCUGAUGCGCGAAUGGCUCAUGAACGAAGCGCUGCUGAUCGAGGUGCACGACCGGGAUCCCAACGCCGAGCCUACUGACGGCGAGGCGUCGGGAAGCCAAGAAGAAGGUAAGUAAAUACUGAUGUUUCGAACAAGUUGAUGAAAGAACGAGGAGAAAGAAGUUUCGUAUCGAAUAAAUGCGAGGAUCAAGAAGUACUCUUGAGUCAAUCUGUUCGGUUAAGGGAUGAAAAAGGAUAUCCUAUCAUCAUCAUUUCUACUUUACCCAAAAUGUUAAAACAGGGGGAAGUGAGAGUAGCACGAAGAAAGUGAGUCCUAAAAUCAGUCCACACGGGCUGGCGCGCUUUCGAUUGGCGGACUUUUUGCUGGAAAACGCGUGGGACUGCACGCUGCGUGCGGAUCUUUACCCAAUUCGAAGCAACGUGAAGCAGCGAUACAAAGAACUCAAGUCCGAAGGGCUAGAUCCAGCGACGCUUCUGGACUUCGAAACGAGGAAAAAGGUGAGCCGACUUGCGAGCACAGCGGAGCUUCGCGAAUUCGAGCCGCCUUACCUAGACCACGGGACGUUCGUGCAGUGUCGCUUCAUCAAGCGCGCUCCGGUCCCGCACUGGUUCGAUCUGCAAAAGGAAAGUGAGACUUUUCGCUUCGAAAAGAUCCUCACAGCGGUGGAAAAAAGGAUGGAGGAAGAGUCUUGGCGUGCAUUCAUCUUUUCCGCAGCCGACCCGAAAACCGGGAAUACGCACUACAGGUAAUAGAGUACUGUGAAUAUUAGGGCCGUCCUCGUGAAAGAAUAGCAAGUAGGUCAUACUUCAUAGCUAGAUCAGACACUACUGCUUCGACAUUUUCAUCUUCGAGACCGUCGUUACAGGCAGUCUGUGUAGGACUCCCACACGAAAAAAAACGGAUGAUCUACAUGAAACACCUAAAGGUGGCGACUCCUGGCGCCGGACACGCCAGCGGACCCGGAGGACCCGCCGCCGCAGGGCAUUUACAAUUUAAACCUGCGUGAGGUGGAGCUCGAGUUUCUUCAGUACGUGAAAGAGACGUUUCCGCCGCCCAGCCGACCCCCCACCGCGGCCACGCAGAACUCGAAAAAGAGCGGCAAGGGCAGCAAAAGCGGGGGGAGCGGCAGUGAGUCCGAGCCCACGCUGCCGGGCGGCCUGCCGCUGCCGACGGAGGAGGAAACGAGCCUCGCGAUGGAGGAAAUCACCGCGCGCGAAGCCGCGAAGGCCGGGAAGAAGGAGUGGCUGACCACGAACAAGAUGGACGUCGGUACCGCCGCGAUCACCGGUGCCACCACGGGGCUCGACCUGCGCCACGAGCGCUUUGGGCGGUUGGUCUACGUCCUCGACGUGCAGAACGAACGCGUCGCGACCGAGGUUCUCCGCAUCGUCACGGCGCAGAACCAGAAGGCCACCGGUUUGGAGCACGCGCACGUGUCGACCUUGAAAAACUACGAACUGAGCGAAAAGGAGCAAAAGGACCCAGAAAUGGACAUCCUCACCGGCUACGUGCUGCUCGACAAAAAGUGCCGCAUCAUGGUGGUGGAAGGGUUGAGAAAGGGUGGCAUCCGGCGGCUCCUCGAGGAGAUUCCCCGGCUCGACCCAAAUGACGAGAAAAACCGACUCAUUGGGAACAACGACGUAUAGAGAAGUUCUUGAAGAUCAUGAUAAUUCGAUGCACCAUAUUUGUUCACAGUAACCCGCACGGGAAAAGAUGCGAGGACCACAGAAUUACGAUUGAUGUUGAAAGUGAUAAAUAAAUCUGUGCUGCGUGUAGUACUGCAGUCUCAGAAGCUGAAAAAAUGGUGCUGAAUGCUCGGCGUAUGUUGACAAAAAAAAGCGACAUCACCAAACAAGUCGAAUGAAAUCAUAAAUCGCAGGUUGGGUUUUCCGAUCGGCUGUACCUGCCGUUCAACCUCUCGCUGAAGCACAUCAAGAUUCGGCAGAACCUGGAGGUGUUCACCGGCACGCGGCCCGAGUUGUACGACGUGACGCGGUGCGCACCGGAGAUUUUCGAGAUUGUGGAGCAGCUGCGCGAGCUGAAGCGCGCCACCCGCAUCCACCACGCCAAGGAGUACUUGAAGUGCUUUCCCCGGGUGGAGUGCUUGAUCAAGCUGGAGAUUCUCUAUCAAAUGCAAAAAUGUCUGGGUCUGGAAGAUUCUGGGACUUGUCAUGCUCAUUUUGCAUGAGCCAUGACGUCUGUGAUGCAUGCCCUAGCAUCACAGAUUUUUUCGGAGCUUCUUGAUGCCCAUUCCGCACGACAAAUGCCAUCUCCGCCUAGCAAAAAUUGCCUUUUCCUGGAAUCCAAACGCAGCAUCACAAGUUCCAACUCUUCCAGACCCAGACUCUUUUGCAUUUGAUAUUCUCUACGGCGACUACAUUUCGGACGAGGAGUAUGGAAGCGUCAGGUUUGAAAUCGUCAAAGUUGAAAUAAUCUGUAAUGCAUAAAAUGCAUGAUCCGAGGUACUUGUGUUGCAGAGCAGGCAGAUGACGCCAUUGUAAGCCUGUUUGGGGUUACAGCUCGAGCUGUUAAAGUAGGAUGAGAAAAUCACUCUUCUUUGCCUAAACAGCAUGACAAACUGGAUUUAGGGACCACCGAAAUUUGUCAUGCGCCACUUGGGAACUGGGUUCCAACUGGCAUCCAUUUUAUGCAUGACAAAUUAUUUCAACUUUGUCGAUUUCAACUCUGACACAUCCAUAAGGAGCUGGCGGGCGGCAUUUCGCCGGAGCUGGCGGCGUACCUGAAGCGCAAGGCCGAGGAGGAGGCGGAGCUGGCGGCGGAGCAGGGUCUCGAGGUGCCGCACGAACAGCCGGUGGCGGUGGACACGGACGGGGUGGCCCCGACCGCGUCGAAGCGGGCCAGCGAGAAGAUGACGCGCAAAGCCGCCCUGGACACGCAGAACACGGCGUUCGAGGUGGCGGAAGAGUUGAGGAGGACAAAGUCGGUGCCUAUCAAAAGCAAACAUGUCUGGGGCUGGAAGAGUGCAAGGUUUAUUGUUAUGCGCGUUUUGGAUAGCCCGCAAUGUCUGUGAUGUAUGCCCUAGCUGCAUCACAGGCUUUCUUGUGCGGCCCUCCUAAUGCCUGUCCUGCAUGAGAAAUGCCCGCCGCCCUGCAGCAUAGACUGGAUUGCUCUACUUGCGGUUCACGCAAUGCAGAUUUUUUGAGCGUUCGAAGGCAGCAUCACAGCUUGUAACCUUCCAGACUCAGUAGACACAUUUGCAAUGCAUAGUGCCCAACCUGGUGCGACGGAACAUGGCGGAGGUGCACCAGGCAUCGGAGGACAACACGCGGUUCAAGUCCAUUACCAACUGUAAAAAUGUCUUGGUCUGGAAGAAUUCAUGUUUGUCAUGCUUGUCUGGCAUGACUCUUAAAUCUGUCAUGCAUGUUACCCAAGCGCUCCGUUUUUCUGUGAUGCAGAAGCGCAGUUUGUCAUGCAGAAUAGGCAACACCUAGGAGCUCAGAAACUUGUCAUGCUAAGCCAGCCUCUGUAGCCUCAUCAUGAGACGCCACCCAGCAUCACAAGUUUCCAGACCCAGACAUUUUUACUUUUGAUAUCCAUGAGCAAAGUGACGCUGGACCUGGAAACCUUCCUCGACCCGCAGGAGGAAGUGUUCAUCUACAGCGGGCAGAAGCUGCAGAGCAGCGAACUGCAGAAACAGUACAUGCGGGCCCAGAUGUGGCCGCUGCAGGAAAAGUGCAUGUGGACGUACUCCCCGAUCUACAACAGCAGCGCCUUCGAGUUCGAAGAGCUGCCCACCGGGCGCCCGGGGAACGUGGCGAUGCGGGAGGAAGUGCCCGUAGUGGGCAAGGUGCCCUUCCAGUACCCCAAGGCGCGGGAAUCGGAGGAGUACAAGAAACCGCAGAGCGACGUGUCGGACUUCCGCAAGUGGGAACUGGAAACCUUCCCGUGGGCCGAGAACGAGUGGCACGGUCUCGCCGUCGGCGCAGAAAGAAGGAAACCCAUCAACGCGAAAAAAAUCUUCGACGCAGAGAGGGUAAGGAAGUGCCUACUAAAGAAGAAAUUUUUGCGUGCGAUGAUUUGUUUUUUGGUCGUCCUGAAAGUAGCUUACGUGUAAAAUAACAUACGUUUGUUUUGCUUUUGCUCGCCACAGUAACAUGGACGUUCCUUGUUCGUCCUUCAAUCGACUGAAACGUACGUGACGCUUUCUGAAUUCUAGUCUGUUCCUCUUCACACCGCACAGGUUCCGCACCUGCGGGAGCACAACGACCGGCCGUUCGACGCGAGCCUGAUCGAGCGCCGAAACCGGGAGUUCGGACCCAAGAGCAUGAACGAGACGGUGCACGAGGCUGGGGUGGUCUACGAGAACCACGUGAUCGAGAUCAACCGCAAAGUAUCAAGAAGAAAAAUCCCCCCUUCCCAUAUCAGAACAGAGAUCUGUGAUGCAGAUUUGUGGUCACAAAUCAGCUUUUUCAUGCUAGAAGGCAAAAGCUGCGGGCUUUAGUGCUGGCUGGCGUGGGAAAGCCUUGCGUCUUCAGCAUGACAGGAGGCAACUGGAAGUGGGAAACAGCACGAAAAAUUACCUGCAAUUCAGGCCACAACUGCGUCUCUUGGCCUUCUAGCAAUACAAGCCGAUUUGUGUACUCAGAUGCAGCGUCACAGGUUUCGUUUUCGAUAUGGGGAGGGGGGAUUUUUCACUUUGAUACAAGGAGAAGGAGAUUCGCGAAGCCGGGCGCAUCGGGCCCGACGUGAUGGGGUUUUACAACAAGGACUACACCAAAAACGGUGUCACCGACAUCGACCGCUACGAGCAGAUUCUGAAGGACAAGCCAAACAUGCGCGCCAUCCGGUUCGAUCAGAAAUUCAUGCCGAAACCGAUUCGAAAGAAGUACGGGAAGCACAGUAUUCUAGAGAAAAUUAUCAAGCCGUUGCCGUCCUCCAUGCGCAUCGCAGAAAACUGGGACGAAACCGCGCCGCAGGUACAGAUCUUUGCUGCUCGAUCGAAUUUGUUCACACAUGUGCUCGCAUAUUUUUAGUGCAAAUGACUUGGUUGCAAUGUUGGGGGGCGCAGAACACACUAAUCUCACUCUGAUUAUAGGUCGAGUACGAGGCUCGCAUGCGGCAGAACGACGGAGAUGCGCCGUAUAAUGUGAAGACGAACCUGUACCUGAGUCGUCACACGGAGAAGGACCUGCCGGGCUUCAACCCGACCUUGUUCACGAAGCGGAGCUUCCACGUGGGCAAUAUGGGUCCGGCGCCGUGGAGGCAUCAGCAGAUGACCUUCAACAAGAACCGUACCCGCAGUCUGAAACAGAUCAGCACCUCCAUUCGACAUCCGGCCUAUGAUUACGAAAAGAAAUACGUUUCAAAUCGAGAUUUCGACAGGUAAUUGCUACGAGCAGGGCCUUGUAUUUAGUUGGCAGAAAGACAAAGUAUGACUGGAGAAUUCAAAUUCUAUCACUCUGUAUUGCAGUUAAAAACCAAGGCAGAGUGAUCGCACGGUUACACGGCCUGCCCAAUCUUAUCAGGAAAUCGAUCAAGAAUAUCAAAAGCCAGCACUCGAAAAACAACAGGUACUCGCGUCCCGCACGGAACUACGCGCGUGAAGACUUCAUCGAGAAGAACGCUGCGAGAGAGGACAUGUCUCCAAUGGAACGAACGGGGCCGAAGUUCACCUACACGCAGCCUCUGCGCGAGCUCCAAUACACGGGUUCGCUGGAGGACACGCGAAAAAAUAACUACUAGAAGCCUGUGCGUUUGACCUCUUUAAUGGCCGCUUCGAGAGAGGACAUAGAACGCCUUGGCGAUGGUUAAGAAAUUAGACUCACGAUGACUCACGAAAACUCACUCAACUAACUCAGAUCAAAAACUUUUCACAUUUUCUUUGGACUCACUCAACUGACACGAAUAACUAACUCAAACUCAAAAAAAGACCACACUUCGUGGCAACCUAUGGACUCUUUUGUUGGAACUGACUUUGCGAACAAGAUAGAAUGUACACCAAGAGAACAAUGCGCUGUACCGAAAUUUUAUGAAUGCUUUCGAUGCUGGGCUGGGCAGCUUCUACCUGCAGGCCCUGCAAAAGCGAGGAAAACGAAUCCAAGUACUCUCUACAGAUCGAGAAUACAGAACGGAGAAAAGAAAGAAAGUUUAGAUUCAAAAACGAUGCAUAUGUCGUUGGAGCGAGACGGAAAUGGAAAGCAAAGCCCCACGCGCGAUCCUUUUCCAUGUCGGCACGUGUUCUCUAUUGGGGGUCGGAGGGAAG